AAAAUGUGGUAUUGAAACAAAGUAUAAUGUUAUGAAAGAGACCGAUAGAGUUGGGACUAUAGUGGGUGGAUCUUGUUCAACUUCCUCCUAUCACGCUGUGUUUCAUCAGACCACUGCACUAGCAAUGCGAGUGGCGCACGUGGACCUGCAAACUCUCCUGGCGACUUUUUGAAAAAUAAUAAUUAUUAAAAGACAUGCUGAAACGAUCUGCUAGAUAUACAGUUUCACACAGUUUACAACUAUAUUUCAUUAGUCUUCAGUUCAUUCCGAACCACAAACUGUGCUCUAUGACGCUGUAAAUUUGAGCUCACGCUAAAUGCGGGAGCUGUCAGAGUAGUUUUCUUUAGUUUUUUUUUUAAGUUUUUUUUUAACCACUCCACAUUAAUUGAGAUCAUUAUGGUGGACAAGGGUCCCCUUCUGACUUCGGCUAUCAUUUUUUACCUGUCCAUCGGUGCAGCAAUAUUUCAAGUCAUCGAGGAACCGAAUUGGGAGACCGCAGUAAAGAAUUAUAAAGAAGAAAAGGAGAAAAUAUUGAAACAAUUCCCAUGUCUUACAAAGGUUGACCUGGACCGCGUUCUAAAGGUGGUGUCUGAUGCUGCAGGCCAAGGCAUCACCAUCACAGGAGACAAAACCUUUAACAAUUGGAAUUGGCCCAAUGCUGUCAUUUUUGCUGCUACAGUUAUUACAACUAUAGGUUAUGGAAAUAUUGCUCCCAAAACACCUUCAGGGAGGGUGUUCUGUAUUUUUUAUGGUCUUUUUGGAGUGCCGCUGUGUUUUACUUGGAUUAGUGAACUUGGAAAGUUUUUUGGUGGAAGAGCUAAACAUCUUGGGCAAUAUCUUACUAAGAAAGGGGUAACAUUGCGGAGAACACAGUUCACCUGCACAGCUGUCUUUCUGUUAUGGGGGGUGUUGGUGCAUUUGGUGAUUCCCCCAUUUGUAUUCAUGUCUCAAGAAGGCUGGACCUAUAUUGAGGGCUUGUAUUUUUCUUUUGUCACUUUGACAACUAUUGGAUUCGGUGAUCUUGUAGCAGGUGUUGACCCCAGUGCUGACUACCCUACUCUGUAUAGGUACUUUGUAGAGGUGUGGAUUUAUCUUGGUCUGGCAUGGCUCUCUUUGUUUUUCAACUGGAAGGUGCGCAUGGUUGUGGAGGCUCACAAGGCUCUAAAGAAGCGCCGUAAAAGGCGCAAACUUUCUCUGGAUGAGUUGCAGCGCAUCAAGGAAAGUCACAAGACCCUACAUCUGCCACCAACUCCUAAUGAUGCCAACAUAUUUAGCUUCUUGUCCAAGAGAAAAGAAUGUUAUAAUGACUUAAUCAAGCAGAUAGGUACCGAGAAGGAAGGAGAAGGUCAACAUGUCAACUUUAUCACCGGCAGCAAGAAUAAAAUGAUAAACCGCUCAAAGAGCUGCAGUGAUAGUCUUUGCAUUAAUGGAAAUUCCAUUCUCAGUCUAGACCGUUCACCUCGACAGAAGCGCCACUAUAGCUUCAGUGACAGAGUUACUGUAGCUCUCUCAAAAUCCAAGAGCUACCUUCCAAGGGGCUACCAAGAUGAACGUCGUCUCAUGAAUGAAAUGCAUGGGGAAGGAGAAAAAGACACCGACCUAGACUGUUUAAGGAUGUAUGAGAAUCAGUUGGACAAGGAGGCAGAAGAGAACCAUAAAGGUCUUGAACCUAGAGGCUGCAACGAUGGCCGGAUCACAUGGGACUCCAAAAGUUACCAAACCCUCAUGUUUCCCAAUCCCAACAUUACCUUCAUUGAUGAAGAGAAUUUGCUAAUCAACAACUUGGAGGAUAAUGAUAAUGUCUUUAUAGCUAAGUUCUCAACUGCUUAUGAGACAGAUUUCAAAAAGGGACAGGUCACGGAAUCAGAGACCUCUGUAUUCACCACAGAAGGAUCGGACCAUGACCAACAGCUGGUGGAAGAGUAUUCCAAAGAGGACAACACUGACAUUUGAUUCUGUCUCCUUUCAUAAACUUCUGUAAAAAAAUUAUUUCAUGGAAACCAGAAAUGAUACAACAGAUGUGUCUAAACUGCAGGGUUUAAUAGUCAAUAUGACCUGAAUCACUAACAAUGCAUGUUCUCUGCAUGUUUUUCCCCACCAUAUUGGUGGAAUAUAUUUUAAGAUAAGAAAGAGGAAAUAAAACUGUCAAACCUGUCAAAGCUUAAUCCUUAUUGGAUGCUGAACCUAUUUUUAUUGUCUUCCAUUUUAGCCCAAGGUUUUCUUUGGGUAACCAUGUUGACCUUUUAGGUCUUAUCUUGGGAUUUGUUUUAAAUGGUAUGCCAUGGUUUGACUGUUUAACACUGUUAUUUUAAUUCCAAGUCUUUUAUUGAUGCAGGCAUUGUUUGUAUGUUUCUAAAAUGUGUUAACUCCUAUAACUGACAAUACAUCCACACUGAUAAUCCGCCCUGAAAUACUCUAUGGGCCUUGCUCUGUGUCCCUGUCAAUUCAAGAAGACAGUAGUUGAAUAGACCCGAGAUUACAGGAAAUCCGCCAAGAUAACAGGAAAUUAUUGCAGUUAGUUUUACUAACAUAAUAAUGACUGUUUUGGUGUCUGACUCAUGUGUUGACAUUAUGCUGGUUCCAUGUUGACAUAAAACCAACAUACAAAAUAACCAUUAUAAUGCCCCAAGGGAUUAAAAAAUAAAAUUCCUAGUUGUGGUUGCCUUCACUGAGCUUUGUUUUCUCACAUGAUCCUCUUGCAUUGUGAUACUGAAUGUCCCUUGUGUGUAGAGAUGCAUCCUGAGUCAGUUUCUUUUUGCAGAUGUAAUUUUGUGUUUUAAGAGUGAUUCCUUAAUAAUCUUUUGGACUUUCUUUCUUUCUUGUUUUAAUAAAAGUUUAUUGAACUUA